CCCUCACGGCAAGAUCGAAUACUAUAUGAAGUGCUGUUGAUUUGAUCUCACUUUUCCAACCUCCACAGACCUUUGGAUUCGCAUCGAUAUACCACAUCAUGGCGCCUACACCCAAGUACACGUCUCUUCUCACCAACAAGGUCGCAUUGAUCAUCGGCGGCACCUCGGGCAUCGGCUUUGCAGUAGCUUCUGCCCUCAUCGAAGAGGGAGCUCAUGUGAUCGUCUCUUCUUCCUCGCAGUCUAGAGUCGACGAUGCCGUCAAGAGGCUAAGCGAUCCAGAGAUGCAGUACAAUGCAGACAAGUCUCGAGUGCAGGGCAAGGUAUGCAACCUCAAAGGACCGGAGAUGGAGAAAUCCCUCGAGGACCUGUUUGCCGGUCUCUCUGGUCCUCUCGACUAUUUCAUCCACACCGCUGGAGACUCGCUAGCUCUAGUGCCCCUCGAGAAGCUCACCUACCAACAGAUCAUCGAGGCAGGAGAGGUGAGGUUCACCUCUGCGGUCCUGGCGAGCAAGUUUGCUCAACCUCGUCUGAACAAGGGAGGCGCCAUCAUCCUUACCACUGGGUCCAUCUCUGUUCACCCACGACCAGACUGGGCCGUUGUUGCAGGCUACGCAGGAGGACUGAUCUCUCUCGGUCGACAGCUCGCCUACGACCUUUCCAAGCACUCGAUCAGAGUCAACGUCGUCUCUCCAGGUCCUGUGGAGACGGAGCUGUGGAGCGGCAUGCCAGAGGAUACGCGCAAGGGCUUCCUCAAGGCUGCCGGAGAGGGGUCCCUCACCCACAAGGUGGGUCAGCCAGAGGAGGUGGCUCAGACCUACCUUGGGCUUCUCAAGGACACAAAUCUUACCGCCCCUUCCAUCGCCAACUGCGCCACAAUACCCUCCAUCCCACCUUUGCGACCCUUCAAGGCCUCCACCACCCGUGCCUUUCACGCAACUAGCAAGUGGGGUGUACACCAGACACUCCAGCAAGGACUCCCCAAGCCCACUCAGGUCCGCGCUGCAGCCGUACAGGAGAGCGUCGAUGCUGUCGCUGAAGGUAUGAAGGAGUGGAGCAAGUUCCUACCCAAGGUCGAGCGAGCUCAGGUCAAAAAGGUCCUCCUCGUCGGAUCCGGAGGUCUCAGCAUUGGCCAGGCUGGUGAAUUCGACUACUCUGGAUCCCAAGCCAUCAAGGCUCUCAGGGAGUCGGGCAUCGAGACGAUCUUGAUCAACCCAAACAUCGCCACGAUCCAGACCAGUCAUCAUCUGGCCUCUCAGAUCUACUUUCUACCCAUCUCCCCAGACUAUGUCGCCUACGUCUUGGAAAAGGAGCGACCAGAUGGAGUUCUCCUCACUUUCGGAGGUCAGUCCGCUCUCAACGUCGGAGUCAAGCUCGAUGAGAUGGGAGUCUUUGAGCGACUGGGUGUCAAGGUCCUUGGUUCCCAAGUCGACGUCCUGCGAAUGUGCGAGGACAGGGAGCUCUUCGUCCAAGCCCUCGACCAGAUCAACAUCCCUGUGGCCAAGUCAGAGGCAGUUUCCUCGGUCCCAGCAGCUCUCAAGGCUGCCCAAGCAAUUGGCUACCCAGUCAUCGUUCGAGCAGCUUACGCCUUGGGCGGUCUUGGAUCCGGCUUUGCCGAGAACGAAGACGAGCUGCGAGACCUGAGCGCCAGGUCUCUUUCCCUCAGCCCUCAGAUCUUGGUAGAGAAGAGUCUCAAGGGCUGGAAGGAAAGCGAGUACGAAGUGCUCCGAGACCAGGAGGACAACGCCCUCAUUUGCUGUAACAUGGAGAACUUUGACCCCCUCGGUAUCCACACCGGUGACUCCAUCGUCGUGGCUCCUUCCCAGACUCUGUCCGACGACAACUACCACAUGCUGCGAUCGGCUGCUCUCAAGGUCAUCCGUCACCUGGGCAUCGUCGGAGAGUGCAACAUUCAGUACGCCCUGGACCCCAACUCCAGGGACUACCGAGUCAUCGAGGUCAACCCCCGACUUUCCAGGUCAUCGGCUUUGGCGUCCAAGGCAACCGGAUACCCCUUGGCCUACACCGCGGCCAAGCUCGCUCUGGGCCACACCCUUCCAGAGCUGCCAAACGCAGUAACAAAGACCACUACUGCCUGUUUCGAGCCAGCACUAGACUACAUUGUCACAAAGAUUCCCAAGUGGGACUUGUCUAAGUUCCAGCAUGUCAACCGUGAGGUUGGCUCUUCCAUGAAAUCUGUGGGAGAAGUCAUGGCCAUCGGCAGAACUUUUGAGGAGUCGCUGCAGAAGGCCAUUCGUCAGGUGGCUCCUAACUAUGAUGGCUUCGAGGCAUACGUCGCCCCCGAGGAUCUGGAGAACGCCCUCAGUGUACCCACUGACACGCGACUCUUCGCAAUCGCGCAUGCCAUGUUGGUCAAGGGCUAUGAUGUGGAGAAGCUCCACGACCUGACCAAGAUUGACAGGUUCUUCCUCUACAAGCUGGACAACAUCGUUCAAAUCCACCGACAGCUCAAGGAACUCGGCUCCCUCUCGGCAGUCGACAAGGACCUCAUGCAGCUUGCCAAGCAGCGAGGAUUCUCUGACAAGCAGAUCGCUGGUCUCGUUGGCUGCAAGGAAGUCGAGGUCCGUACCGCCCGAAAGGCUCUCGGCAUCACUCCAUUCGUCAAACGAAUUGAUACCGUAGCUGGCGAGUACCCUGCUCACACCAACUACCUCUUCACGACCUACAAUGCCUCUUCGCACGACGUCGAAUUUGACGAGCACGGUACAAUGGUUCUGGGUUCCGGAGUGUACCGCAUUGGUAGCUCUGUAGAGUUCGAUUGGUGUGCAGUCACUUGUGCCCGCAAAGUCAGGGAUCUGAAGCAUCGAACCAUCAUGAUCAACUACAACCCUGAGACAGUCUCGACCGACUUCGACGAGGCCGAUCGACUGUACUUCGAAGAGCUGUCGUUCGAGCGAGUCAUGGACAUCUACGAGCUGGAAGGCGCUACCGGUGUGGUGGUCAGUGUCGGAGGCCAGCUGCCGCAGAACAUUGCCCUCAGGCUGAAGGACACUGGAGUCAACGUUCUCGGUACCGAUCCAGUCAUGAUCGACAAUGCCGAGGACCGACACAAGUUCAGUGGGAUCUUGGACUCCAUCGGAGUCGAUCAGCCUGAGUGGACCGAGGCCACCUCAGUCCAGAAGGCCAAGGACUUUGCUGCCGAGGUAGGCUACCCUGUCCUUGUCCGACCCUCAUACGUACUGUCCGGUGCGGCCAUGAACAUCAUCUGGGACGAGUCAACCUUGGAGAACCACCUCACCGCUGCUGCCGAGGUCAACACUGACUACCCCGUCGUCUUGACCAAGUUCAUCGACAAUGCUCAAGAGAUCGACAUUGACGCAGUCGCCUACAAGGGUGAACUGCUCAUUCACGCCGUCUCUGAGCACGUCGAGAAUGCCGGUGUGCACUCUGGCGAUGCCACUCUUGUGCUCCCUCCUUUCUCUUUGGACCCCAACGACAUGGCCAGGCUGAAGGUCAUUGCCCAGAAGGUCGCCAAGGCCUUUGAGAUUUCUGGACCUUUCAACAUGCAAGUCAUCCGAAAGGACUCUGGCGAGAAGGAAGCAGUCCUGAAGGUCAUCGAGUGCAACUUGCGAGCCUCUAGGUCCUUCCCCUUUGUCAGCAAAGUCCUGGGUGUCAACUUCAUUGACAUUGCUACUUCUGCCAUUGUCGGAGAGGACGUGCCAAAGCCACAGGACCCGAUGAGCGAGCUCAGGGACUACGUCGCGAUCAAGGUCUCGCAAUUCUCGUGGACUAGGUUGGCCGGCGCUGAUCCCUUCUUGGGUGUAGAAAUGGCCUCGACUGGAGAGAUUGCCUCGUUCGGUAAGGACAUGGCUGAAGCCUACUGGGCUGCCAUGUGCUCCCAGACGGGCUUCCGAGUUCCCGAGCCCAAGAAGGGUGUCCUGAUGGGCGGUGAUGUCACCAAGCCCGAGUUUCCCGAAGUGGCAACCCGUCUCUACGACAUGGGCUUCAAGCUGUACUGCUCCGACCCUGCCGUCGAGGCCUUCCUCAACGACUUGCCCCGAGUACGAGCACAGCGCAUCUACUUCCCGCUCAAGGACAAGAGGAAGCUCCGAGAGGUGUUCGACGAGUACGACAUCCAGUUUGUAAUCAACCUCGCCAAGCAGCGUGCGUCUACCCUGCUGGACCAGGACUAUGUCGCGCGCAGGAAUGCCGUCGACUUUGGAUUGCCGCUGAUCAACAAUGCCGCCUGUGCCAAGCUGUGGUGUCUGGCACUCGAGCACAAGAUGAAGCAGAGCGGAGGGUUGAGUGGGUGGGAAGAGGGCAAGCUGCCCGCUGAGGUCAAGAGCUGGAGGGAGUGGGUCCCUCAUAGCUAGAUGAAGAGACGCUGGGUGAGAAGAGUGCGGAUGAAACAAAGCACGGAAGCGGCAAAGUAAGCAGAAGAAUUGCUCGAUCGUAAAGAAACUGUCUUUUCACAAUCAACAUCCUCAUCAUCGUUGCUGAGCAUUGCGGGUUCAGACUGUCAUUGUCUUUGUCAUUGCCUUCAUCGGGAUUCGGGUGUGCUAAAAGGCUGAAUGGGCCCCGUACAUUCUGUGCUGUCAUCGCCUCUUGAAUCAUUUGUGCUGCUAGGGCGUCUUACCUCCUUCACCAGGAGC